AUGGCUGAUCAUAAAUCUCUGGUGAUCUGGUCGGAGUCCGACAACUAUGAAUCUUUCCUUCCAGAUGAAAACUUAUUCUCGUUACUCGAUCAGUCACUUCUCUUCGAUUACAAUCCUUACGUAAACCCGUUUAAGGAUUUUCAAACUGAAAUUUUUAUUUCUUCCCAAGACAUACUUAAUCCUAUCUCUACUCGUUUAGCGGCUGGUGAUAAUAUGUUUAUGACUUCAUCCCUUGAUCUUGAAGCCAUCUCUACUCUUUCUAAUGAUGUAUUGAGUGGAUCGUGGAGUGAAAAUACUGGUAGUUGCGAUAACCAGAUCGAACCAAUUAGAGAUGAAAGUUCAAGAACUGACAGCACAGGGAAUCCAAAUAUGGAGAUAGUACUUUAUGAAGGUAAUAACACAGUGAAAGAGACGACAAGGCGGCGUAAGAGGAGAUGUAGAGAAGAUGAAGUCAUCUUCAAGACUUUGUCAAGGGAAACAAUCAGACCAUACUUCUACAUGCCGAUAACUAAAGCAGCCAAAGAGCUCAACAUUGGAAUAACCCUCUUGAAGAAGAAAUGUCGUGAGUUGGGUAUUCAUCGUUGGCCUCAUCGUAAGCUUAUGAGCCUUGAAACUCUACGUACAAACCUCAUGGAUCACUUCGGGAAUAUGGAUGGAGAAGCGAACAAGAUUAAGCUGAGGAACGCUCUGGAGAUUUUGGAGAAGGAGAUGAAAAUGAUUGAGGAGGUUCCUGAUUGGGAAUUUGGGGAUAAGAUUAAGAAGCUAAGACAGGCUUGCUUUAAAGCCAACUACAAACGAAGAAGAUCACUCUUAUCGUCUACUUCUACUGUAUCACCUCUACUACUGUUAGAGCAUUAG